AUGAUUAGUUGUGAGAAUGAUGUGGUGAAGACAACAUUAAUACAGUUCCUGACACAGCUCAAAGGCCAGCAGAAUAACAAUUCUACUUUGAAUUGGAAACCAGACACUGAUCCCUGCAAGGAUCACUGGAAUGGUGUAUACUGUGAUGCUCGAAUGUCUAUAAAGAGGUUGAAUCUUUACAGGUUCAAUUUAUCUGGAACUCUUGAUGUUGCCUUGCUUUGUAACGUGCCGCCUCUAGCUGCAUCUCUCACCUUUCUAAGUCUUGACGACAACAAAAUCAGCGGCGGAAUAGCAUCCGAGAUCGUGAACUGCAAACAACUCACUCGCCUUCACGUAAGUGGAAACCAGCUCGCCGGUAACCUUCCUGCUUCACUUGCAAUGUUGAACAAUUUGAAAAGACUAGACCUUUCUAAUAACAAGUUUUCGGGACUGUUGCCAAACCUGGCUAGAAUCUCAGGCCUCAAUAUGUUCCUAGCACAAAACAAUAACCUCAGCGGAAAUAUCCCGACUUUUUAUUUCCCCAAUUUUGACCAUUUCAAUGUCUCUUUUAACAAUUUCAGUGGCCAAAUACCAGAUGUACAAGGCCAUUUCUUUGCAGACAGUUUUCUUGGUAAUCCAGAACUAUGUGGAUAUCCACUACAAAAAAAUUGUACUAGUCAGAUUCUGAGUAGUAGUGUUAGUAAAACAUCAGAAGAAGAAUCAAAAGCUCCUUCCAAAGAACAGAUUUUAAUAUAUUCAGGCUAUGCUGCAUUAGGUGUUAUCAUAAUUCUUUUUGUAGUCUUAAAGAUCUGUAGAAGCAAGAAGAGUGGAAAGAAAGCUGAAGCAUUGUCGAACAAUGAUAUCGAAAAACCGAGCUAUGUUUCGAGUGAAUCCAAAGCAGAAGAUGUAAGCAAAUCAGGAUUUUCAAUUUCCUCUGAAUGUGGAAUGGUCUCACAGCAAUCACUUGUUGUUCUUUCAAAGCCAGUGGUGAGUGAAUUGAAAUUGGAGGAGUUGUUGAGAGCACCUGCUGAAAUGAUUGGGAGAGGAACCAAUGGAAGUCUUUAUAAAGUGAUGCUAACAAAUGGCGUAGUAGUUGUUGUAAAAAGGAUUAAAGAUUGGAGUAUUUCUAGUGAUGAAUUCAAGCAAAGAAUGCAACUAUUGAAUCAAGCAAAACAUUCUCAUGUUCUUCCACCUCUUGCUUUCUAUUGUAACAAACAAGAGAAGCUUUUGGUCUAUGAAUAUCAGCAUAAUGGAAGUUUGUUCAAGCUUUUACAUGGAACUUCAAAAAAAACCUUUGAUUGGAGCAGCAGACUUGGAAUUGCAUCAACAAUAGCAGAAGCAUUAGCUUUCAUGCACCAAGAGCUUGGCCAACAAGGUAUCAUUCAUGGAAACAUGAAAUCCUCAAACAUUUUGAUAAACAAAAACAUGGAGCCUUGUAUAAGUGAGUAUGGUACUAUGCCUAAGGAUGGCCAACAAACUUCAACUUUUGCAUUCAAGGAAGAUGUUUAUGGUUUUGGUGUUAUUCUUCUUGAGCUUCUUACUGGAAAAUUGGUGAAGAGUAAUGGUAUUGAUUUGACUGAUUGGGUUCAAUCAGUUGUAAGAGAAGAAUGGACAGGUGAAGUGUUUGAUAGGUGUUUGUUGGCAGAGUAUGCAAGUGAAGAGAGGAUGGUUAAUAUGCUUCAAGUGGCUAUAAGAUGUGUUAAUAGUUCAUUAGAGGCUAGGCCAAGUAUGAACCAAGUGGCUCUUAUGAUUAACACCAUUAAAGAUGAAGAGGAAAAAUCAUUGAUUUACCAAGUUUGA